UGCCAUGGUGUGUUUCGAUAAUAAAACAAGCAAUAAUACAUCAGCCUAUUACCAUGUAGUGGAGGUCAAAGCGUUUGACAAAGUUGUUCCCGCUCGACUCCGGGGCAGUGGGUGAACAGAAUCAAACACACCCAGCAGCAAAGUCAUGUGGCUGGUCAUGAGGAAGUAAACAGGGAAGAGGAGCUGCAAGGAGGUGUAGCUACAGUAUUUGCUGCAAUAAAGCUUAUUACACUAUCUUCCUCCUCCUCGUCUUCCUCGUCCUCCUGUAUCCAUUAUGGUGGACUUCCUGGCAGACAACAACCUGUGCGGCCAGGCUAUCCUCAGGAUAGUUUCCAGAGGAAAUGCCAUCAUUGCUGAGCUCCUGCGCCUCUCUGACUUCAUCCCUGCAGUUUUUAGACUCAAGGACAAAAGUGACCAGCAGAAAUACGGAGACAUUAUCUGUGACUUUAGCUACUUCAAGGGUCCUGAGUAUUAUGAAGGAAAGCUGGAAGCCAAACCGGAGCUUCAGGACUUGGAUGAAGAGUUUAGAGAGAACAACAUCGAGAUUCUGUCAAGGUUCUAUCUGGCUUUUGAGAGCGUCCACAAAUACAUAGUGGAUCUUAACAGGUAA